AUGUCGACGGCACAAUCUCUCGCCAUCUUCGGUGCGUGCACCACAGAAGGAAUGUUCGAGGUGGCUGCGCUGUCGGCCGUGGGAAAUGGCUGGGCUGGUGCAGGCCUCGGGCGUCCCGCCGCCCAGACGUCGAGCUGGGUGCGCUGCCGCCGGCGGCAGCACCAGCAGUCGCACCAGCAGCACCAGCAGCACCAGCAGCAGCAGACAGCAGCAGCAGCAGCGGCGGUGGCGACGGCGGCAGCAGCAGCAACAGCAACAUCAGCACCACCACCACCACCAUCGUCCUUCUCCUUCUCCUCUCCUCCUCCUCCCCGCCUUGCGGAGGACGGCCACGACGACGAAAUGAUGAUGACGGGCCCCUCAAAAGUGUCUUCUCGGCGAUUCUCGGGCCUCGACGGGGACGACGAGCCAAGUACCCUGGGACUGAUUCCCCUGGGCGAAACCGAACAAGAUCAACUACUCUUCUGA